AUGGCGACCUUCCUCGAGAAUGCAUACAGCUUGGUCCACCAGGACAACGCGGCGGAUCAGCCCACGCAGCAAGAGUUCAAGACACAGCUGGAGAAAGGGACAGAUGACACGAAGAUAGAGACGAUGAAGCGGAUCUUGACCAUAAUGCUGAAUGGAGACCCCAUGCCGGGCCUUCUCAUGCACAUCAUCCGAUUCGUCAUGCCCUCCAAGAGCAAGCCGUUGAAGAAGCUACUCUACAUUUACUAUGAGAUAUGUCCCAAGCACGAUGCAAGCGGAAAGCUCAGGCAGGAGUGGAUUCUCGUAUGUAACGGCAUGCGAUUCGACCUCCAGCACCCCAAUGAGUACGUCCGAGGGAACACACUACGCUUUGUGUGCAAGUUAAGGGAUGCGGAGUUGGUGGAGCCCUUGCUGCAGCCAGCGCGACAGUGUCUUGAGCACCGGCACGCCUAUGUUCGCAAGAACGCCGUAUUCGCGAUUGCAUCCAUAUACCAGCAUAUGGAGGCACUCAUCCCUGAUGCGCCGGAGCUCAUACAAAACUUCUUGGAGGAGGAAAACGACCAUACUUGCAAGCGCAAUGCAUUUGCCGCGCUGGCGUCCAUCAGUCACGAGAAGGCCAUGGAAUACCUCAGUGGGGUGUUCGACGGAAUACCCAACGCGGACGAGCUGCUACAACUAGUCGAACUUGAGUUUAUCCGCAAAGACGCAGUUACCAAUCCGCAAAACAAGGCCCGAUAUCUGCGUCUGAUUUUCGAUCUUCUCGAAGCCAACACCGCUACCGUCGUCUACGAGGCCGCGUCCUCCCUUACGGCUCUGACUACGAACCCAGUCGCGGUUAAGGCAGCAGCCUCAAAGUUCAUCGAGCUAGCUAUCAAGGAACCGGACAACAAUGUCAAGCUCAUCGUUCUCGAGAAGGUGGAUCAGCUCAGGCACAAGAAUGAGGGCGUCCUAGACGAUCUGACCAUGGAGAUUCUUCGUGUUCUAUCAAGCCCGGAUAUUGAUGUCCGAAAGAAGGCGCUUGGGCUCGCAAUGGAGAUGGUCUCAAGCAAGAACGUGGAAGAAGUUGUCAUGCUGUUGAAGAAAGAGCUCUCCAAGACAGUCGAUGAGCAGUACGAAAAGAACACCGAAUACAGAUCAUUGCUCAUACAUUCUAUACACCAAUGCGCCAUCAAGUUCUCCGAGGUUGCCGCCAGCGCUGUUGAAUCUCUUAUGGAUUUUAUUGCGGACUUCAACAAUGCAUCUGCGGUUGACGUCAUUUCUUUUGUUAAGGAAGUGGUUGAGAAGUUUCCCAAGCUCCGCAGUUCCCUCGUGGAGCGGCUAGUCUCGACGCUCAGUGAGGUCAGGGCCGGGAAGGUCUAUCGUGGAGCGCUGUGGAUAGUCGGCGAAUACUCCUUGGAAGCCAACGACAUCCGGGAAGCAUGGAGGCGGAUCCGGGCCAGCCUUGGGGAGAUACCCAUACUAGCAUCCGAGCAACGGCUCUUAGACGAGGUGCCCGAAGACAAGCCAGAUCCGAGAGAUCAGGUCAACGGACACGCCAAAGGCGCCGAACCCACUGGUUCCCGCAAGGUGCUUGCCGAUGGCACGUAUGCCACGGAGAGCGCUCUCACAAGCCAAGCCGCCGUCAAAGCCAAGCUGGAAGCCAUCAAAGCUGCCCAGAAACCUCCACUACGACAGCUCAUCCUUGAUGGCGACUACUAUCUGGCUACAGUUCUUUCCUCAACCCUCACCAAGCUCGUCAUGCGGCAUGCCGAAAUAUCAAACGAGACAGCACGGACAAAUGCGCUGAAGGCGGAAGCAAUGCUCAUCAUGAUAUCUAUCAUCCGUGUCGGCCAAUCACAGUUUGUCAAAAACCCCAUAGACGAAGACUCAAUAGACCGGAUUAUGUCUUGCGUCCGUUCGCUCGCCGAGUUCGAACAGAAAGGCGUUCUCGAGACCAUAUUCCUCGAUGACACUAGGAAAGCCUUCCGCACGAUGGUGCAAGCCGAGGAAAAGAAGCGGUCAGAAAAAGAAGCCAUGGAGAAGGCCAAGACUGCCAUCCAGAUAGAUGACGUAGUUUCAAUACGGCAACUGGCGAAGAAGAAUACCGUGGAUGGAGCCGAGGAGUUCGAGCAAGACCUGGAACGAGCGACGGGUGGCGACGCCGGUGCAGAAGAUCUCUCAUCUAAGCUGAACAGAGUCGUACAGUUGACCGGAUUCUCGGAUCCUGUGUACGCCGAAGCGUACGUUAAGGUGCAUCAGUUUGACAUCGUCCUGGAUGUUCUACUGGUGAACCAGACAACAGAUACCCUUCAGAACCUAUCGAUAGAGUUUGCUACGCUCGGCGAUCUGAAGGUGGUCGAGCGGCCUACCACGCAGAACCUUGGACCGCAUGACUUCCUGAACGUACAAGCGACAAUCAAGGUCUCCUCAACUGACACCGGAGUCAUCUUCGGGAAUGUUGUCUACGAUGGGGCUAGCUCAACUGACAGCAACGUGGUCAUUCUCAACGACAUUCAUGUGGACAUCAUGGACUACAUCCACCCCGCAUAUUGCACGGAGACACAGUUCAGGACCAUGUGGACUGAAUUCGAGUGGGAAAACAAAGUCAAUAUCAAGUCCAAAGCGAAGACGCUCCGGGACUUCUUGAAGCAAUUGAUGGCAGUCACGAACAUGAGCUGUCUGACCCCCGAGGCGUCGAUGAAGGGCGAUUGCCAGUUCUUGAGCGCAAACCUGUACGCUCGUAGCGUCUUUGGUGAGGACGCGCUAGCCAACUUGAGCAUUGAGAAAGAAGGGGACGAUGGUCCUGUGACAGGCUUUGUGCGCAUCCGUAGUCGAUCGCAAGGUCUGGCGCUCAGCUUAGGAUCGCUCAAGGGACUCAACAAGGCAUGA